AUGGCUGAUUGUUAUGUUGAAUACAUAAAAUUAGCCAUUGCAAUUAAUCAAAUACCUCAAGAAAAUAUUUUAAAAAACAAUACUAUAUUUAAUUGUCGAUACAAGGAGUUUGAUGAUGCAUAUUUACUUGGAUAUUUUCUACACCCUGGUUACCAUGGUUUAGGGUUAAAAACAGGAAUAUUUAGACGAAUUUGUGAAAUUGCAGCCAAUUAUUGGAAGGCUUUAGGAAAUGAUGAAUAUUCAUGUACGAAUUUACUAGCUGAUCUUAGAAAAUACAAAUGGAAUGAAGAUCCUUUUGAUAUGGGAUAUAAAAAAGAAAAUUUAACUCAACAAGAGUUAAAAGAUUCAGUGAAUGGUGCUAUAAUUUCUGAUAUUGAUGAACUUUUAUUUUAUUCAAAUGAAGAAAUCUUACCAUUGAAUAAUCAAGAACAUUUACUUUCAAAUAAUCAAGACUAUUCACUGUCGAAUAAUCAAGAACAUUCAUUGUCGAAUGAUCAAUAA